GUCCGCCCUCUCCCUCCUGGCAAGCCAGCAGUCACCCGGAGCGCAGCCUGUGUCUUUGAAGACCUUGGCCUGCAGGUCCGCCCUCUCCCCCCCGGCAAGCCAGCAGUCACCCGGAGCGCAGCCUUUGUCUUUGAAGACCUUGGCUUGCAGGUGCAGCGCAAAGGGCCCCCCUCUGGCCCCGCUCCUCCCCACUCCAUGCCGCCGCCCCCCGCCUCAAACCCUAAUCUGCCCGGAAAUUUUCCUCCCGGGCAGCCGCCAAUGUGGGGCAGCAGCAUGAGCACGGGCGGUGUUAACGGCCCGCCGACCCCAUCAAGUAAGAUGCUUCUAGGGCCAGGAGCACGGUCGCAUAGAGGCAUGCGGUUGCUCUCAGAUGAUGUGCCUGAAAUGAGGCAGAGAGCUGGGCUGGGAGGCAGGAGGCCGGGUGGCGGAGGGGAGUAUGACGGGGGGAGAGAGGUGCGGGCGCCGUCACCUGAUGAGAGUCGGUUGAGUGAGAGGAUGCGGAGGCAGAGUUUGGGAGAGGGAGGGGGAGCGAGGGGUGGGGGUGUGAGUGGGGGUGGGGGAGGCGGGGAUAGGCAGGGGCAUAGGUAUUCUGGUUCGACCAUGAGCAAUGCCAGCAGCGCUGUUGGGGGUGGUGGGGCGGGUGGGAGUAGCAGUGGCUCUGCGCGUAAGCCAGGCAAGGAUCAGCAGCAGCAGCAGGGUUCUCGAGCAGAGAAGAGGCAGCCGCCGACGCCACAGCAGCAGGCAGAGCAGAGGGAGAGAAUCAUGAAGAAGCUAGCAGGGGGCCAGCCACAGCCGCAACCACAGGCCCUGGUGGAGCAAGAGCCGGGCGGCGAGAAGAUGAAGAGGACAAGCACAGGCACGGGCAAGCUAGUGCUCCUGAGCGAGGCGGACAGCCCGCGCGUGGCGGCGCACAUAUGCGACCGCGUGCUGCCAGCUUACUCCCUUCCUUCCCCGUCCCUCCCCCAAUUCCCCCCCUUUUCUCCCUCGUCCAGCGGGCAAGCUGCGGGCAAGCUGGUGCGCCUAGGCGAGGCGGAUAGCCCGAGCGUGGCGGUGCACAUAUGCGACCGCGUGCUGCCGUACCUCGAGAGCCUGCAAGACGUCAGCGACGACGCCGGGCUGCCGUCGACGGUGCACGUGAUCAAGAACGAGGACAAGGGCGGCGCCAUCCUCGAAGCCGCGCAGAAGCUGGAGGCGACGCACGUCGUGCUGGCCAGCAUUCCCAACAAGCCCAUUGGCGAGUGGAAGACCAUCAACGUGUGCGCGAGGGAGGAGGUGCUGCCGCCCGGUGCGUCGCUCUAUGUGGUGCAGAGUGGCAAGAAGCUGAAAACCGUGCAGAGCAAGGAGCAGGCGCCCGCUAAGCCCGUCCCUCCCCCAGCACGCGUGUUCCACGGCACAGCGCUCAACAAGAAGCUGCCAGACAUCCAGGAAGGGGGGAGCGGCGUGCAGGAGGACGGAGAUGCACAGGGGGGCAGCGGGGCAGCGGACGGGGAGGGGGAAGGGGAAGGGGAAGCGGGAGGCAAGGAGGCCGCAGCAGAGGGGGGAGCGGAGGGGGAAGGGGCUGGGAAGGCGGAGGGGGGGCCGGCGGAGGGGGGAGGGGAGGGUGCGGGGAAGAACGAGGAGGGGCUGUCUGCUUUGGAGCUUGCUCGAAGGGCGUAUGCUGCUAAGGCCAAGGCUGCUGCUGGGGCAGGCGGCGGAGGGGGAGGGUCUGGGGGUGCUGCAGCAGGAGGAGCAGCAGGAGGAGGGGCGGCGGCGGCAGGGGGACCGGGAGGAGGAGUCCCGCCCAAAGACCGACCAAGGAAGAAGAAACCAUCGGCUGGUGCCAAGGCUCGCCUUGAGAAGAAGAUGGCGGAGCGCGAGGGCUCAUCUGGCCGCAAGGUGCCCUCAGACAAGAACCCGCUCACGAGGCCGCUGCAGGUGGUGGAGCCCGCAGAGGGCGCUCGGAGGCAGCCAUUCAAAGAGUUCACUCUGGAGGAGCUGCAGGCCGCCAUCGAGCACUUCUGGCCCAACCACGUGUGCGGCGAGGGCAGCUACGGCGUGGUGUAUAAGGGCAUGAUUGACGGGCAGACCGUGGCUGUGAAGCAGCUCAAGAACCCCGACGUGAAGGCUGCUCUUGAUGAAAUCGACAGGGAGAUGGAGGUGCAGAAGCGCAUAGACCACCCCAACGCGGUGCGCCUGGUGGGGUACUGCAGGGAGGACCGAUCGCUGGUCUACGAGUUCAUGGCCAACGGCUCCCUCGAGGACCGCCUGCUCUGCAUUGGAGGCGUGCCGCCGCUCCAGUGGCCCGAACGCUGCCGCAUCGCCAUGGAGAUUGCGGCAGGGCUGCAGCACCUGCACACGCGCAAGCCGCCCAUCGUGCAUCGCGAUGUGAAGCCGGCCAACGUGCUCCUUGACGACCACUUCACCGCCAAGCUCGGGGACGUGGGGCUCGCUCGCCUCAUGGGCGACCUUGCUCCCGGCCACUCCCACGUCGUGCGGAAAUCAGUCAUUGUCGGGACGGAGCAUUAUGUCGAUCCUGAGUAUCUGUGCGCGAGGAGGGGGUACCUCGGGCCGAAAUCAGACGUGUAUUCGUUCGGGGUGGUGCUGCUGCAGAUGCUGGUAGGGGAGGUGCCGAACCUGAAGAGGAUCGAUGCUAUGGUGGAGAAGGAGGAGUUGACAGUGGUGCUGGAUCCCCGAGCCGGCGAGUGGCCGCCGAACCUGGCGCUGGAUCUCGCUAACCUGGGGCUGUGGUGCGCGGAAAUGGACCGCCGAGAUCGGCCGGAUCUUACAGAGGAGGUGAUCCCGGCGCUGAUGGAUAUCUGCGAGGCGGCGGCCGAUGCGGUGGUUGAGUGGGAGGGGAAGCAGGAGGCGCAGAAGGAGAAGGAGCGGCUGGAGAAGGAGGCGAAGGAGAAGGCUGAGAAGGAGGUGAAAGAAAAGGCUGAGGAGGAGAAGAAGAAGAAGCAGCAGGCGGAAGAGGAAGCUGCUAGGAAGGCUAAGGAGGCGGCUGCUGGGGCUGGGGCGAGCGAGGCGGCAGCGGCGGGGAAGAAAGCGGGGGCAGCGGGAGCGGCGGCAGCACCGUCCAAUGAAGCGGCGAAGGGCGGGUGCUGUACCAUUUCUAUUGAUUUGAUCGCGCGCUCUAGGCUCGGGGAGGUUCUUAUCGAGCUCAGUGAUGAUCACCGAAGUGCUGCAGCUGCGACCUGUUUUCACAAGCCAAGCAAAGAGCACCACUCCAAGGUCAUCCUCCUUCUCGCAGCGAGCGUCGCCGCAUCCGCCGCUAGCCGUUUCAUUCCCGCUCACACCCUGCGACUCGCUGCACUGCCCGCAUCCACCGCUCUUGCCGCCGCCAUGGCCGCCGCGCUUUACCGCCGCGGCUUCUCCCUCGCGCGCACGGCGCUCCCGCAGCUCCGCGCGCUGACGACCUCCGCGCAGCGUUCCGCAGUGGGGAAGGCGGAAGCGGCGGAGGUUUCCGGCAUUCCCAAGGAGCAACUCCAGCGGAAGGUGGUUGUGUACAGUCCCGCGCGAGCCGCGUCGCAGCAGGGCAUGGGGCGGCAUGGACAGUGGAAGAUUCGAUUUGAUACCACGCAGAAGUGGGAGAACCCCCUGAUGGGGUGGACAUCAACAGCGGACCCCAUGUCAUGUGUGGCUGACUCAGCCCUCUCCUUCCACUCCAAGCAGGACGCCGUUGACUUUGUCGAACGCCAUGGCUGGCAAUACCAGGUCCUCGAGCCGCAGAAGCCAAUUAAGAAGGUAAAACUGCGUAUAGUUUACACCCUACUCCCCCUCUGCUCUUCUAGACCCUUAGACCCGCUGCCCAGUUUCCUGCACCCACGAAACAUGGCACGCAGAUUUUCUCAUGCUUGCUAUUGA